GAUGAUAAAUUUGAGAAAGGAUUAUUGAUUUUAUCAUGAAUUUGUAAUAUCUGUCAAGCACGCUUGCUCAUCACGUGGCGGUAAACAUAGUAAACGUAGAGGUAUCGAGUGUGACAAUGGCUGCUCCGGUUAAAAAACGAGAAAUUCAAGAGAAUGUCGUUGUAAAACGAAAUGAUGAUGAUGAACAAGAAUCAUCUAGUAACGAGGAUGAUGAGCAAGAACAAGUGGGAGAAUCGGGUUUAGAAAUCCAAGUAGAUUUUGAAGGACGCAAUCCACAAGAUCCAGAUUAUCAUGGAAUUAAAACAUUAUUGCAACAACUUUUCUUAAAAGCACACAUAGAUUUGGGUGGAUUAACCGAUUUGAUAGUCUCACAAAAUUAUAUAGGAUCUGUGGUAAAACAGUCUGAAGAUUUUGAAGGAUCCGACGAGGAAGAUGUAGAAGAUACAUUCGACGUUUUUGGUAUUACUACAGUAAUUAAUAUAUCUGAUAGACAGAAUCUUCCAUGUAUACAACAAUUAAGAGAUUUAUUGCAAGAAUUAUCUAGUGAACAUGCCACUGAUGCAGCUUAUGCUAUGAUAAAGAAUGUACUUCAGAACGAUUCGCAACCAAUUGGUUUACUUAUUAACGAAAGGUUCAUUAACAUACCUGCCCAAAUAUCUGUACCACUUUUUGAAAACUUAAUCUCAGAAAUGAAACGUGCUAGCAAUAGGCAAAUGCCAUUUAAUUUUUCAUAUUACAUACUUAUAUGUAAAUUAUACAAAAUGGAGGAUAAAAGGAGUGGAACGAAAAAGAAAAAUAAAAAGAAGAAUAACAGUGAAACUCCAACGAUUAUAUGGAGCAAUCCAGAAGAAGAAAUAUUUGCUGAAAAAGCUUCGAUUAGUUUUGAAUUUUCCGUUGAAAAUGAAUCGGAUAGUGGUUUAUCUGGAACGUGGACUGAAACUGACGAUGAAAUGAAGCCAUACAGACGAGUAUUACUAUUUGAAGCUUCAACUUUGCAAACUAUAAUUAAUACAAUAAAAGGCCAAUUAUCUUAAUCUUGAAUUAACGUAAAUCGAUAUAUAACGAAACUCGCUUGAAUUUCUACAGAAAUAUUAAUAUACUUUUCAUUGUUAAGGUAACAAUAAUAAUAAUAAUAAUAAUAAUAAUAUUAAUAAUAAGCUUCGAAGAAAACACUUUUUCAUACGUUUCUACAGAAAAAAAAGAAAAAAAAAAAAAAGAAAAAAGAAAUACAUUUAACUUAUGUGGUACAUUGGAACGUGUAAACGAGCUUUUCAUACUGCUUACUGCAAACUUUGAAAUACAUAUAUAAACCUUUUUCCUUGAUAUUAAUAUCUUCUCAUCCUUUACUUUAUUUAUUGCAUUUUUAUAAACGUUAACUUCUUAUUUAAGACGCGCAUCUAACAACAGUAUAAAAAAGAAGAACAAUACACAUUUUUAUAAUAAUAUAAAUAAUACAGCCCUCCUUGGAGAGAUAUUCUUUAUAAACUUAAAAAAACAAACAUUUUUUACUUAAUUUAUUAAACAUUUUUUCUUUUCUUUUUUCUUUUUUUUUUUUUUUUCUUUUCUUUUCUUUUCUUUUCUUUUUUUCCCUCUCAUUAAUUACGUCUUUGUGUCAGUGACUUGAAGAUAUUGUCUUGUUGGUUUAGCUCUUCUUCUCAUCGUUCCCAAUAUAUUGAGCAUUUCUGAUACAGCUGGUGGUGCAGUUUCUGCUUCCUGUCGUCUUUUUCUUUCCUCCUCUCUUUGUUUCUGUGAUAAAUAUGUCAUAAAUUAUAAUUCAUAAUAAUAAUCAUACGUUUAAUAUCAUGUUAUAAUUAUUACUUACAUCCGUCUGCUUCAAUGUGAAUCGACCGCCUUUUAUUUGAUUAAUAAUAUCAUCGAUGACUGAAACAAAAAAAAAA